AUGCAGGUGCGGCGGCUGGAGGCGGAGGGGCUGACGGCGCGGCAGGCGGAGGCGAUAACGCAGCUGAUCGCGGAGGUGCUGCACGACAGCCUCGACUCCGUCGCACACACCUUCGUCUCCAAGCCCGACUUGAACAAGUCGGAAAUGGUGGCGGAAGCAGCCCUGGUGAAGCUCAAGGCGGAAGUGCAGAGCACGCUUGACCUGAAGUUCGCGGCGUUGCAGAGGGAGGUGGAGGGGCUCAAGAUCGGAGUGGACAAGGUGAAGAGCGAGAUACGAUACGAGGUGGACAAGGUAACAGCAGGGCAGAGGCUCGACUUGAAUCUUGAGAAGGGGCGGGUGAAGGAGGAGAUGAACGUGCAACUACAGGAGAUGAAUAUCUUGUCAAAUAAGCUGGAUAAGGAAAUAAACAAUCUGAAGACACAACUCGAAGCCGCCAAGUUUGAGAUUAUUCGGUAUUGCAUAGGUACAUUGGUUUCCAUCAGUGCUCUCGGCUUAGUGCAGUGCGCGGCGCGAGGAGCAGCAGGCAUGGUGUUCAUCUCGCUACUGGAGCCCUCACGCGACGACGCUAAGCGCUGCUGCCAGCUCACAAGAUCUCUCCCCCUCAACUACCCGUCGCAGCUAGUGGGCGUUACAAGAGGCGGCGUGGGUGCCGUAACCAGAGCCGUGAGCGCAUGGCAGGGUGGGCAGCACGGGGGAGAGGCUGGCUUGGCAGAGGAGCAGCUGGGCAGUAGCAGCAGCAGCAGCAGCAGCAGGAUUAGGAGUGACAAGGUGGGAAGCAGCAGCAGUGGCAGUAUUGAUGACUACAAGAGCGACGGCAGCAGCAGCAGCAGGAGGAGGGGCGGAGUGGGAGGGAGGGAGUGGUGGCGGGUGGACGGAGGGGCGUUCAGGUGCAUGCACAGGUGUGAGAAGGUGGGCAGAGGGGACACGGCCUUCCGCCACUGCCAGCAGCUGGUGGGCACAUGGAGGCACUUCAACCUGGGAUGGACAUGGGCUCUCUCCGUCCCGCCACCAUCCACACAUCCCUCUAAGACCACCAUCACCACAUCCACUCGCUCUCCUCCUCCUCCUCCUCCCUCUCCUCGCCUCGCAUCUGUGGGAGAUACCGUGUGUGUGGCAGCGCGCUCGCUCUUCCUCACCCCCCCAUGGACCAUGAACCCCCUCCGAGUCAUCUUCUCCGAUACAUCCCCUCCUCUCCCCGCUCCUCCUCUCACACCCUCCUCCUCGACACCCACCCGCUCGCACCCCACCGCCACCACCAUCACCCUCUCCUCCUCCUCUCCCACUGCAAGCCCUGAGUCUGCCCGCAGCAUGGGCACGGCACCACCAGGCAUCUCGCUCACAGCAGCAUACUCUGUGGGCAGUGGCACUGUCCAAGGCCACUUCCUGGAGGGGGAAGAGCGGUUUCUGGUGGGGAUGGACGGCAACAAGGAUGUGUGGUUCGAGAUCCUCUCCAUAUCACGCCCCGCCAACCCACUCGCCCUUGCCUUCUCUCCUCUCGCAAGAUUCAUGCAGCGUAGAUUCGCUGAAGAUGCCAUGGGCUCGGUUAGAGGACUCUUGCAGAAUGAGACUGCUAUUCUGGAGGGGAAGUGA